AUGUAUCAUUCUACCGAUUGGACGCUUCUUCUCAAGAAGCACAAGACGACCAUCCUCCUCUCCGUCCAACCCGACAACACAACACUCUCUGCGGUAAAGGAGAAACUCUUCCACUGCUUGGUAUCCCGCGGUAUCAAUGAAAUCAACAAUGAUCCUGUACCCCUUGAUGUCAACGGGAUUGACUUAGGCAUUCCUAUCGAUCAAAACGAGCCGGAGAAAGGAUGGAUCUCCCUUGAACGUAAAGCGACUGGAGAUGACGACAAGUCUGAGAUGCCUAACGGAAAGCCCAGACAACUUAGUGACACCAUUCUUUCCGCCGGUUUAUCUGAUCGGAACAUACUGGCUUUCCGGUUUCGCCAACCUGGAGAGACAUCGAGCGAGGCGCAUGAGACUGAACUCGACCAUGCCGAUCCUGGGUGGGACGUCAUCCUCCCAAGCUUUGACGACGAAGAUGAAGAGCUCCCGCUUUAA